AUACUUCCUGAUGUCCUACGUUGAAGACAAGCGAGGUGUUCCCCGGGGAAGCUGCGCAUGUGGACAGUGUGCCCAAUAUGUACCACAACCUGAGGGACAUGCAUGCGGCUAUUGUGGCUGUCUGCCAGUGAAGCAUGAAGACCUCAGGAAGACGUCAAAUCUACAAGAGUCCUUUCCAAUUUUUGGAACUAAAACAGAAAUUGCCUCAGAAGAUGAACUACCUGUCAUAUAUGGGCCAGGUAGACCUAGAAAAUCAAAAUAUCUUCCGGACAGAUCAGAUGCCAAGGACUGGACAUCUGAACAGGAAACAGCCAGACUCAGUGGUACAAAGACACACAGUGGUUUGGGGUCAGUCAAAACAAACAAAAUACCUGGUGUGAGUCUGGCCCAUGAUAGCCAAGUACCUGGAUCUUUCAUUACCCCACAAUAUCAAAAUUCAGAUACGCUUAAGAAGGUACCACCGUGUGAGCUCCUCCAAACAAGCCAUAUGCCGUACUAUGAGCUGCCAAACAAACACCCAAUGAGGGGUGUGUUUAAGAUCGCCUACAAACACAAGACAAUCUACAUAGGAAAAUCACUCAACAUCCGUCGACACUUGAAAAGGCUCAUGCCAGGGAGAAUACGUCAGGAAAUAGGCAAGUUCCUCAGAAAUCUUCCGAAGAAGAAAAUGAAGCAUUUGACUGUGUCCUGGAUCGACUCGGACGUACAUGAGCACAAUUGUAAUGGGAAGUCGUACUUCAGGUGUAUCACCAAGUUACAGGGAGAAAAACCCAAAUAUUCCUACCCUAAAAGGUACACCGAGGAUGGUGGAGGAGCUGCAGCUGUACCUACUGCCAUCGUGUCAACACAUGGAAUCACAGGCAUGAUCACAACUGCUGACAAAGAUUGCCAUAUAGAGAUGGGGGAUGUUGUGCCUCACAAGAGUAGUGGCUCUCCAACUCAUAGUUGUUUCAUUGGAGUUGAUCCUAGACAAGUAAAGAAGAAGAGGAGUGAAUCUCCGCAGCAAUCACACAGCAAUCUCACUGGAGCUAGUCAAGGUAGAAGCAAGAAGUUCUUGGGCAGUGGAAACCUUUUGAAAAAGAAAAAUGAUGAUGUAAGCGAAAGAGACAAAAUGACAGUUUUUGAAUCAGACGUCCAUAAAGUUGAGUCUGAAGGGGGAAAAUUAGCAUCACUCAAAGGAACAUGUCAAAUGAACCACAAGAAACCUAAAACAACUGCUGCGAACCUGCUCUCUAAAGCACUUCAGACUAAAUCCACAAAGCAUUUAACCAAUGCUCCGGCAGCUCUUGGCACAAAAGAACACACCACAAAGACGAAGUCAUGUUCCGUUUUACUUAACAAGAAAAUAUAUUACAUACCAGAAGCAGACGUGAAGAAGGCGCCCAGUGAACAUUUGGAGAAGAAAACAUCAGAGACAGGGGAAUGCCCUGGAGUAGAAAGAGUCAAGGCUUUAUCUUCCCUCAAGAAAAUCCUACAUGUGCCAUCAGCUGAGGAGACUAGAGUAACCAAAUCUUCUAAAGUAACGGUACUAAAGAGCAAGACAUCCACGAGAUACAUGGACACCACUAUGUCACCAGCACCAGGUCAGGGGUCUUUUGAAGUUUCUGGAGAAGAAUAUCAUUUGACUGAUAUCAUACUGAACACGUCAACACCCAUUCCCGUCAUUCCAACUGAAGAAAAGAAUGAGUUGGAAUCAAUAUGUAAAGAAGAAAUAUCACACAAAGAAUAUUCCUCACUGGGUAUCCCUUUCACUGAAGAAGAUAACCAAGAAUGGAUUCCUGAUAUUUUGGCUGAUUCAGAAGACGCGAUGAAACUCAUCAUAGAUGAACAGCAAUGUACAUAUUCACCAGACACGUCAAAAGACGCCUAUGAAAACUUGCCAGAGAGUCCAAUGGCUCCCUUGAAGAUGGAACAUGAUUACAAGAACGAGGUUUUUAGAUCUGAUUCGAAACAUCGUCCAGAGGAAGAUGAUGCUUCUGUUCCAGCUAGUCCUGAAAACAAAGAAGGCAAUCCAGAGUCAACACCUCCCAUAUCAACACAAUGGGUGUCAAUGAGUCCGGUUCGGUAUCAGCAUCCAACCAAAGCAUCAGCAACAGAUUCACUCAGAACUCAAUCUGUGCCAAUGAUGUCACAGAUUCCCCAUUCAUUUGUAGAGAAGAACGGAACUUUUAUGUCAGAAUCUUCGGAUUUAUCACAUUCUAUCAACAGUUGCUCAGUGACAAACAGUAGACCAGAAGGUUCUACCGAUGGUACAACUCAGUCCAGUUCCACUGAUGAGAGAGUAUCUCCAGGUACGCUUCCUAGAAAACAUCACGCCACGAAUUUGCCCAUUGCCGUUGAUGACACAAAACCUGUUAAAGAAUUUUGGGGCAACACUGCUUUAGACUGUACCACCAAGUGUCCAGAAGGAAGGAACUCUCGUUGUGACACUAGAAUUGUCGUUUGUGAUCAAAGGUCAGAGUCCUGUAGUCCUCCGACGCAGUACAGGAAGAGGCCCUAUGUGCAAAGAGAAUCAUGGCCUAUGUUUGAUAACAUCGAACACUGGAGAUCUCAUCAACACCUUUUCAAAUCUUAUAGCUAUAGUAGGUGCUACACAAGGCGAGAACAAACUUCGGGGAGGGUCGAAGCCCAUCAUGUAAACGUGAAGGACACAGCCCUUGUGAAGAUAGAACGUCCGGCAGGGCCCUAGUUGGUGCAGUACAGGAUGUCCAUGGUACGCAUGGUGUCUAGACUACUUCAGGAGGCACGGUGGCACAGCAGCCAAAGGCGGCUGUACGUGUACUUUCACGCAACUGAUGAUUAUCGGUUUGACUUCCUAAACUUUGGUUUAAAGUCCCGACAUUGAUCCUAGGUCGGCACAGAACCCCGCAUUGAUUUACUUCAAAACAGUGUGUGAGUGAGGUGUUUUAUUCGCAGCUUGUAGGAAUGUUCCAGUAACGUCACGGUGCGGCAUGCCAGCAAUGGACUUCACGUAUCGUACCUAUGUGGUGCUCCAACACACCAACACCAAUUUCAAGUAACCACCCGUGAUAUAAUAAUUGAUAACUAUUCAAAGCAGUGUUAUCCCAGUCUUCCAGCUACAUGUUGAUGUUAGCGCUAGGAAAUAGUUUCAUUUGUGUGAAAAAAAGCAAUACCGUGCAAAGAAAGCAUACUUGCAUGUUUAUUGGUUGCUUCAUUACACAAACAUGAUAGGGUAAUUCAAAGAUUAUGUAAUUGAUGCUUCUAUUAUAGCUGAGUUUUUUACCUUUGGUUUGUUGUUUUUCGGGUACUGUUACGUAGUGGUGGUCCGACUAAUUGAAAUAAUCGAAGAUUGGUCGCAGUGACCAAACGACCAAGCAAUCGAUCACAUUUUCUCAUAA